AUGACGGAAGGACCUGAGCCCACCUCCAGAUUGUUGGGCAGAGCUCAGGGUUUGUACACCAUUUCCAGUCAAGGGAAUGAUCUUGAACGGCUGAGCCAAGGAAUAGUGCUCAACUUCGUUUUUCAGAGUGGAGAAUUUAAUGGAAGCACACUCGCCGUGGUGGCCACACAAAUUUCCCCAUAUUUUACAGAGAUGCCAAUUGUGGGAGGAACCGGCAAAUUCAGGCUGCCUCGAGGGUAUGUCCUCUCCCACGUACUACCCAACAGUACAAACGACCACUAUAAUGUCACUGUCCUUCAUUACUAG